AUGAAUCACAGAGGAAGACGCACAAGUUCCGAGUAUUUGGAGUUGCACGUCUUCUGUGUGCCUCUUGAACUGUGGAAUUCAAAAUUAAACACAAUUUCAUCUGAGGUGAUUGAUAAUUUCAUAUCUGCAGGACUUAUAAGGGUUUAUCCAGAUAUCACGCUGAGAGCGCUUAGGGAUGAACUUGGGGUCCUACUCGGUGGAGACACCUUAAUUGACAGAUACUCCUUCCUAAAAUGUGUCGGUAGAAGUCUGGCACUGGUCAAGCCCAAACAAGAAAGAGAACUCAAAGUAAAAGCUUUCUCACCUCCCUAUGCCCCUCAUCCAGAACUGUACCUGUUGCCCUCUUUUCUGGACUCUAGUGGCAGCACGCGGUCACACUCACACUCUUCAGAGAUGCAGAGCUACAGCUCAAACCCACACAACAGCUUUCGCUCCGAGCCCUUAACAUCAAUAGCCACUGAACCAAAAGAGCCUUGUUCUCCAACAGCAGCUUCCUCCUAUAUAACCACAGCAAGAAAACCUGUUGCUACCGUCUUCUCGACUAACAGUAAGACCAAACGCCGUUCGCAUCCUUGCUCCGUGCUUAUCGUGUACAAUGCUGUUGUAGAGUCCAGUUCACACCUCCAACUGCUCUCCUCAGGGCAGGAGCUAAUGGAGGAAGUCCGACUGGUAAGGGAGGAGAGAAAGCAGUUGGAACGGAUUAGACAAGAGCUUCUGAGGAAGGGCAAAGACCUUCUGGCUCUCAACAGACACAGGAGGAACCAAGCUCGUAAUGGCUGGAAGAGGAGAUAUUUCGACACCAAGAAGGCUACAGCACCCCUGGAAGAAAGCCUGAAGAAUGUCCGGCAGGAACUGGAGACUUUCUACAACAAACUCUUGCAACAGCUACAAGCCAGAGAAGGCAGAAAUAAACACAGACGUCAGGGGAAAGUCUCCAGCAUUAAAAAUGAUCUGAUCAUACAGAUUAUGACCGAGAGCUACGAAAUAGAUGAUUUAAGAAGGAAGGUAGAAGACUGCAAAAUGAGACUGGAAACCGAGCAGAAGCUCAGAGUACAAGCAGCCACAGAACUACGAACACUGAAAGCUGAGCUGGCUUCAAAGAAAUCACAGCCUUCUGUCUACAAGUCACCUGUAGAUGCUCGUGGCAGCGGAGAGCAGUAUACCAAAUCUUCUGCGCUGCAGAAUCAAGCCUGAUCUAUAGGACAUUGGACCAUAGAGCAUGAACACAUUUCAGCACAAAUAUUUAAAGGCAGAAAACCAGAAAAAACAUAGAUUGUCAAACUGAGCCACAAACAAUUCCAGCGAAUCAACAUAUCAUAGACUUGGAGAACUGAUAUUUCAUUGGCAGUUAUCAAGAAUGACGGAUUGCACC